UCCGGAAAGACGUCAAAACGGCUGCUGUGUCACUCGGGACCUGGUCGAGGCGGCUGUCUGCGGACUGAGGGGCGUUUUCUCGGCUGUGUCUUCCAGAAGAGGUGUGGUUUCUCAGAACAGUUCGUCAGACCUAUAAACAAGAUGGGCCCUGCUGGGACAGUUGCUGCCAUUGUAGGAGGUGCAGUAGUUAGUGUGGUCGGGGCUCCUGUUGUUCUUGGAGCCAUAGGUUUCACCUCAGCUGGAAUAGCAGCAGGCUCCUAUGCUGCUGGCAUGAUGUCGGCUGCUGCAGUCGCUAACGGAGGAGCAGUGGCAGCAGGAAGUACAGUGGCUGUUUUGCAGGCAGCAGGUGCAGCUGGUCUGUCAGGAACUGCCACUGCAGUUGUGACUGGAACUGGAGCAGCAGUUGGAACAGCAGUGGGAUGGCUGGCUGCCAUAAUCAUCUAAAAAAUCAAGACGGAAAAAGAAGAAGAUUUUUACUUUUGCCAAGUGAAGGAGGCAACUGCAAAUUAGGCUAUAUUAGUUCACUUACUAAACAGCACUUUUGCGUUGUGCAAUACAUUGGUUUUGUUUGUAAUAAAUAAUAAAUUGCUUCAG